AUGACUUCAAAUCUUGUUUUGACUAAUGAAAAUGCUAUUGGACAUGAUGGGAGUAAACUGGCUAAUGAGGGAGCUCCAAUUGGAAAUUCUCCUCCAAAAACGCCAAAUAAAAAAUUGUUCAAAUUGUGCCGUGUAGUUUACGCUUUGAAUUGUCCACAAGAACAAGCUGAAAAACUCAUUGGUAAUUCUUAA